GACUUUUACUAUCCCAUAAUGCAACAGUGAACGGCACACCCCCAACCACCAGCCACAAAUCCUCUAGUCUAGAUGGCAGUCUGUAGAUUUACCACGGUGUGUUAUGAAGCUCCACUUACGUUGGUGAUCUGAAAUUGUAAACAAAAUGAGUUGCUUAUGGAUGGGUAAUUUAGAGCCUUACAUGGACGAGAAGUUCAUCUCUCGUGCAUUCGCCACCAUGGGAGAGCUUGUGGUGGGGGUGAGAAUCAUCCGGAACAAAAUGAACUGGGGUGCGGCAGGCUAUUGCUUUGUUGAGCUGGCGGACGAGGCCACUGCUGAGAGGUGUCUCAGGAAAGUCAACGGAAAGCCUCUCCCUGGAGCCACACCGCCGAAGAGGUUCAAACUAAACCGCGCCACGUACGGAAGACAAGGAGAGAACAGAGGUGGUUACUCAGACAAUGGGUACAAUCAGCCAUACUCAUACAACAACAGCCAGUGCUACCAACAGUACCCUGACUACUACUCCAACUGGGGCUAUGACCAGAACACGGGCAGCUACGGAGGUUACAACUACAACCACUAUGACUAUAGCAAUCAGGGUUAUGGGGAGACUGAAGAUGAUGGAUUGGAGUACCCCAUGGUGGCACUGGAUGUGGUGGCAGCCAACAGGCAGUACAUGGAGGAGAGUGAGGAGCUGUAUGAUGCCCUCACAGACUGCCACUGGCCUGCCCUGGAGCCUCCUGGUCCUACUGCUGCUGCCCCAUCCAAGGCACAGUAGAGCUAGCAGACCCCCUGGUCGACAGACAGCAACAGUCAGACUCUCUCAACCUCUCGAUGUGGAUUGUUUGGAACAGCCCAGUGUGAAGGUUCAAAGGGUAAAGGCAUCUCGUCCUGCCUGCCAAGAGUAGCUGGUCUUCAGUGUCUCGUACACUUGCAAUGAGCUAAGCUAAGCGAACAGACCACAGUGUAUGAUUCGUGUGAACCCAGCUCCAGUGACUGAAAGGAUGCCCCCCUCAUGUUUGAAUUUUUAUUUUUAUUGCUCACCCCCACUCAUUUUUGGGGGGGUUAUUGGGCACUGGUUUGGGUCCAAUUGCCCAAUGAACAGGCUUUUUCAUAUUUAUUGUCCACACUGGAAAAUAGAAUAAGAUUGAAAUAUAAUCCCUAUUCGACACCCUAUUCUACCUAUUGAUUAUCUAUCUAGGGUCACUUGCUUCUUAUUGUGGAGUGGAAGACUGUGUAGUGGGUGUUUUAAACCUUUCUCCUCCACGUUAUAAUUUGAAAGCUGUGGUACAGACAAUUGUUGAUUCUGCUUUAUGUAAAUACUCAUCAACAGAAGACAAUGUGGAAGUGCGUGUAUUCACUUUAUAAUAUCUUACAUGAAUAAUACAUUAUAAAUGCUUAAUAAAUUAAUAUAAAUGCUUUUAUGUUUUUUAAUAUAAUGAAAUACUUUAAUAAAUAGGUUAUGAAUGCUUAUUCUUCAGA